AUGGACUACAAGGUACAUUUUCUCUGUUCCGGACGAAGAACAUACCCCGCUAUCCGUCUCGCAGAUCAAGGAAAAGGUGGAGGAGAAGGAGGGCAUCCCGCCCGUGCAGCAGCGCCUCAUCCACGGCGGCAAGACCGACGACAAGACGGCGGCAGAGUACAACCUCUCGGCAGGCGACACGCUGCAUCUGGUGCUCGCGCUCCGCGGCGGACACUGCUAGGGAGCGAGCAAACGAACCAGCAACCAAACAAACAACCAAACGAACGAACAAACGACGCGAGACGAGACCAAAGCGAGAGCGGAAUCAUUCGGGCGUUGCGCCAAAAGACCAGGGAGAGGGAUGCUUGCGACAUUGGAAGCAUGAGGUGGACACGGGCGAGGCCGCGAGAGAGUCAUGGGUGGUAG